AAAAAUAAAAAAAAUACAAAAAAUUAAAGAAAAAAAGAAAAAAAAGGAAAAUCGGUUCUCUCUCUCCAUGGCCCCUGGUUUUGGUUUUCUUCUUCCUCUCACCUCCUCAGAUAUAUACACAUACAUUCUCAUCGAACUCUUCUCAACCUUAUCUCAGAUCUGCGCACCGUUUCCGGAUUCCGGAGAACAAUUUAGAGACUACCACUUCAGAGACGUGAAAUUCGAUGACGGCGGUGGAGGCGGCGGCGUCUGCAGGAGGGUUGUUGGAGCCGACCGGCGAGGCUGCUGCUUCUGUGAGGCGCGUUGGCUUUGGUGUCGGUAAGGGCGGUAUACGGAAGAAGAGAUGUCGGAGCACCAAAGCUGCUAAGAGGCCUUGUGAUGUGAAGAGGGAAGUUCCUUCGAGUUUGCAGCUGCAGAGGCUGUUUCUGGCGUGCCGCCAAGUGUUCAAAGGCCCCGGGACCGUGCCUUCCCAAAGUGAUGUGGAUAAGCUCUGCCAGAUUCUAGAUGGUAUGAUGCCAGAAGAUGUUGGACUUAGUAGCAAUCUCCAAUUCUUUAAUCCUAAUGGUGUGGUUGAAGGUAAUCCAAGAGUCACGAACACAACGAUCUACAGUUGUGAUAACUUCUCGUUGUGCAUUUUCUUUCUUCCCACAACUGCUGUUAUACCUUUACACAAUCAUCCGGGAAUGACAGUUUUCAGCAAGCUUCUGCUGGGUAGCAUGCACAUCAAAGCAUAUGACUGGGUUGAUGAGGUCUCUGCGCCAUUGGCAAUAGGUGAUUCAAAUAAAGAUGGACAAGCAAUGAGAUUGGCAAGAUUGAAAGCGAACCAAGUAUUCACAGCCCCAUGCAGCACUUCUGUCUUAUAUCCUACAUCUGGAGGCAACAUUCAUGAAUUUAAAGCUAUUACACCAUGUGCAGUGCUUGAUGUGCUUGGACCGCCUUAUUCCGAAGAUGAUGGGCGUGACUGUUCACAUUACAGGGACAUUCCCUAUGAUGCUUUAUCAAGUGGAAAAGUUUCAGAAGCCGAAGAAGAUAGUAAAUUGUUUGGAUGGUUGGAGGAGAUUGAAAUACCAGAGGAGUCAAAAAUGUAUGUUAUCCAGUACAAAGGUCCACAGGUUGUAGAGUAGUUCCUAGCUGCGCUUGAUAGUUUUUGCUUCAUUGGGAAGUUGGUGCUCUUUUUAGCUUUACAUUGCAGAAAGUGGUGGGUAGAUGAUGUUUUAUUGUUUCCAGGUGACAUGUAAUAUGUGUAUGUGGAGACUUGCUGAGUAGAAUUAGAAACUUGCCCCCCCUUGUGUUGGUGUAUAGAAUAUUUUGAGAUGUAUAUAAACAGAAUUUAAGAUGGGCUCUAGGUAACCACGACAUACGAUUCAAAAAUCCUUUUUUCAUAUUAUGAAGUGGAAUAUUUUUUCCAAAGGGUAAUAAAUGUGACCAAUAUUUAUAGGACAGGACAUUGGAGGAAGGAUUGUGGAGCAACUGCCUGAGAGCUGAGAGGAGAGCCUUUGAGAAUCUCCUUCAUUUGGAUGUUGUGGAUGUGGGCUGAGAUUUAAAGGCCAAAACUUAGAUGUACUUUAGUUCUCUUUCUUCCACAUUUUCUGGUACGUGUACCAAAAACAGUGUUGAUUUGGAAUUUAAUUAGCAGAAAUUUAAACUGUUCA